AUGCUGUUCACAGCUACAUUGCAACGGAUAAUGAAAUCACUAUCCUGGGAAGAAAGGGGUAUACGUGUUGAUGGAAGAUUCCUUUCGAACCUUCGUUUCGCGGACGAAAUCGUUCUCUUUUCGAGCAGUACCAAUGAAGCAGAAACGAUGCUCAAUGAAUUGAACGAAGCAGGGAAGAGAAUAGGACUACGAAUAAACAGAAAGAAGACACAGUUCAUGAACAACGCCUACUGCGAGGACGGAGGAGUACAACUUGAAGGCUCCCAAAUCGUGGAAUCUCCGUCAUACGUAUACCUUGGACGUUCAAUGAACAUGGAAAACGACUUGAAGGAAGAACUGAAUAGAAGAAUGAGAGCAGCAUGGGCAGCAUUCGCAGCCGUCAGGGAAGCUACGGACCAACUGACGGACCAAGAUCUUCGUGCCCAUCUGUUCGACUCGACAAUCCUUCCAGCGCUUUGUUACGCAGCGGAGACGUGGGCAGACAUCGCGGCCACGUCUAGGAAGUUACUUACUACCCACAGAGCCCUUCAGAGAUGUCUCCUGAAGUUUAACCGGCGCACACAACACCUAGCCGGUCUUCGUAGCUCCGACUUAAGAGAAAUGUCCGUCUUCGCGACUCAGCGGAAUAUGUAUCGAAAGCAAAACAUAGAUGGGCCGGUCACAUCAUGA